AUGGGUGUUCAUUCUUUUUGGGAUAUUGUGGAGCCCACAGCACGGCCGGUCCGUUUGGAGUCCCUGGAGGAUAAGAAAAUGGCCAUCGAUGCAUCUAUAUGGAUAUAUCAGUUUUUAAAGGCGAUGAGGGAUCCUGAGGGGAACGCUAUAAAGAACUCACAUGUUACUGGUUUUUUCCGCCGGAUAUGCAAACUACUCUAUUUUGGGAUUAAACCUGUGUUUGUGUUUGAUGGUGGCGUCCCCGUAUUGAAGAGGAAAACUAUUAAAGCCAGAAACGAGGCAAGGCAGGGGAAAAGAGAGAGUGCCGCCAGAACUGCACGGAAACUGUUGGCUUUGCAGUUACAUGGACAGAGUGAAAAAUCACCGAAGAAGCCUCUAACUGGUACACCUCCGGCAAAGAUAUUCAGUCCUCAAGAUGAUUGGGACUUGCCGAAUCUUGAAGGUUUCUACUACGACAAGAAUGACCAAAGGAUAAAUGCCCAAUACGAUGAGGAGAAACGAAGAAAGAUUUUAGAGAAUGCAACGGUGGAUGAAAUUCUCGAUGACAUUGAUAUUGACUCGAUAAAUCCAACCUCCAAAGAAUUUGAAGAGCUGCCAAAUACUAUACAAUACCAGAUAUUGGCGAAUUUAAGGCUGAAAUCUCGGUUGAGAAUGGGUUACUCCAAGGAACAACUGGAGAAAGUGUUUACCAACAGUAUAGAUUUCUCCAAAUUUCAGAUAGAUAUGGUGAGAAGAAGGAACUUUUAUACUCAAAAACUGAUUGGUGUCACCGGUAUACAUGAUGGCGGGGCAUCGAAGUUGGAGAAUGAGGAAGUUAGGAACAGGAUUGCAGGGCAAAAGGAUAGAGAGUACAAAAUCACCAAAACAGAAAACGGCUGGACUCUCGGAAUGGGUGACUUCGAUGGUUCAGAAAAAAGCAAAGCUAUUGUACUAGAUAAGGAGACCGUGAAAAGGGAAUUCUCAGGCGAUGACGCUGACGACGAAGAAUUCGAGUGGGAGGAUGUAAAUCUGGAAUCUAGUAAUCCGAAAAAGGACAAUUUCGAUUACUCUCUCAAGGCAGGCCGACUUCCUCAGUUUGAGGAGACUGUGGGCAAUAGUGGGAGCAUGUCAUUUCUUGAUACCCGACCUGCCGAAGAAUCGCCCGUAAAGAAGGUUCAAAAGCGGGGCGUAACACAGACUGUUGAGAUCGAUGAAGAGCCAUCUGAUUUGGAGGAUACCGUCAAGUCUGAUGAUGAUAUAAUGGAUUUUGCGGAAAGAGAAUGUGAUGCCGAUGACGAGAUGAAACCAAAAACCGCUAUCAUUGAGGGGACGAGUGAUACAAUCCAAAGGACAGCAGUAGAUUUGGAUAGAGGUGACAACAGUGAAGACGAAUAUUUAGACCACAUGAAGGAGCUAGAACUUAUGAAGGAGAGUGUCCUCGCCAAGGCCAAAGGAUCUGGUCCAUCUGCAAGGGACCAUAAUGCAAUAAACUUGACGACAAACCUAACGGCAACUAGUCAGGGAACAUUGCCCCAGACAGCUGGUGAGCAAGACUUAAAUCUUUUAAUGGGGAAGUUAACAGACUCCUCACAAUCGUUCCUCUUCAAUUCAAAAGCCGAUAAACUUGUCCAGUCGGCGCCAAAACAAAUGGAAAUUCCGGAAAUGCCAGACUGGUUUCAGACUCAACCACAGUUUAUAUCGGGAACGGAGGGUCAGUCCAGUUUUGUGGUCGACAAGCAACCAAAAGAAAUUGAGGGCGCUGGUCCUGGGUAUACAUUAGUUGAUGGUUAUCUUAACACGGAAAGCUUUUUGGAAGAGCGGAAUAAGGAGCCUGCCACAGACGAAGUAGAGAUUAUUGAGCCAGCAAAACGGGCGAAGAAGGCGAGUGACGAUACUGAAAACACAACCAUGCAAUACCACGAUCAUAGUACUAAUGCAAGUUCCGUAACGAAGCCAGUGUCAGCACUACCAAAUUAUGAAUUUUCGGAGGAAGAGGAGGAGAACUUGAUAAAUGACAUGAGAAACGAGGUGAAGGAUUUUGAGCAAUUCAAAACGAACGAGCUCCUGAUGAAGUCCUCUGAGGACGUUGUCUCAACCGCGUUUGUGGAGGACGAUUUAUUCGACCAGCAGGUGAAGGAUAAACGAGACGCUGACGAGGUGACCCCUCAGAUGGUGGAAGACAUCCAGGAGUUACUGUCCCGGUUUGGGAUCCCCUUUAUUGUUUCCCCCAUGGAGGCGGAGGCCCAGUGUGCCGAGUUACUUGGUUUAAAUCUUGUUGAUGGGAUAAUUACUGACGAUAGCGAUGUAUUUUUGUUUGGAGGGACCAAAGUGUACAAGAAUCUGUUCCAAGACCGGAAAUAUGUCGAGUACUACGACUACGAGACAAUUGUGCGGUCUCUUGGGAUCGACCGGGCUCAAAUGAUCGAGCUUGCUCUGCUGCUCGGUAGUGAUUACACACCAGGGAUCAAAUCGAUGGGUCCCGUUUCCAGUGUGGAGAUCCUGGCUGAGUUCGGCGAUCUCUCCGAGUUCAAGAGGUGGUACGAGGAGGGUCAACUGAACAUCGAGGCGCAGAGCAAAGACAACAAGUUUCGGAGGGACUUGCGGAAGAGGCUUGUGAAGAACGAUGUGCUGCUGGACCCUGAUUUCCCGAGCGGUACCGUCAUCGAUGCGUACCUGCACCCUGAAGUGGACCAUGACAAGACGAGUUUCCGGUGGUCUCCUCCGGAUCUCGACAUGCUGCGUACCUUCUUGCACCGCCGAUUAGGGUGGCCAGACGAGAAGUCGGACGAGGUAUUGGUCCCGCUGAUAAGAGAUAUCAACAGGAGGUCUUCGAAGGGCCGGCAGACGACGCUGAACGAGUUCUUCCCGCGCGAGUACAUCGAGGAGAACCGCAAACGGGCGAGUUCGGGCAAGCGGAUCUUCACGGCGACCGAGAAGCUGAAGAAGAGGCGUCUACGGUAA